AUGUCCGAUGUUACUGAUUCAUCUGGUCUAGAUCCGGAGAUAUUGGAAUUACAAAAGCGGUUGUAUAAAGAGCAGCUUAUUAGACAAGCCUCCUUUAAGAAAGGAAGCAAAUUCUAUCCUGUCAAUAUUGAACCUUUUGCUCUUGAGAGAGAUCGUCUAGCCCUUCCAUUUACUGAUGGGGACCGGGCUGCAAGAAAACAAUGGUUACACGACCAAGUUCUCUCCGAACGUGAGCCCGUAAACAUACCAGAGUGGAGCCGGGUGAAUAUCUUUCGUCGCGCUUAUCGAAAGCCUUAUGAUAUGCUCACAUCUGUGGUGGAACCCGUGCUAGUAGUCAGUUCUUUCGGUGGAUCUUUCCUAAAUUCAUUUUUGCCUUUUCCGCUACGUGUUUUGUUUGGUACAACCUCAAAAUUGGGAAUAUGGUGA